AUGAAUGUUACACAACCACCAAAAAGUCUCCUUUACCAAGAAAUAAAACAAGGUGCUGAAUAUUUCUCUCCUGUGCAACAGGAAAGGCAGCUACUAAAUGUUGAUGUUAAACACUAUUAUGUCCAAAUAGCACAGAAGAACCUGUACAGGACUGAAAAUGGGAAGAAAAUUUCCUAUUUCAAGUUUCCAGGUGAUGUGAACCUCAAGAAACGUUGGCUGCACACUAUUCAUUGCAAUGAAGGUAAAGAAUUUAGAGUCAACCAAAACACAAAGAUUUGCUCUUGUCGCUUCAAACCUGAGGACUUUGUUAAGUCUAUCAGAAGCCAGCGUAUUUAUGUCGGGGAAGGGGUUGUGCCAUCACAUUUUUCUUGGUCACAAAGUUCUCUGCUAAAGGGAAAGCCUCCUAAGAGACACUUGUUUACAUCAAAUACAGACACCAAGUUGCUAGUAUCUGAAACAAACAGUGCAACUGAAACCAAUGCUGACAACUGCACUACACCAGCGGCUGGUAGCUCUCCUGAUCAUAACAUUCAAAACGACACAGAUAUGCAGGGAGAUACAACAGAAGAUGUCAAAGAACUUCUUGAAAAACUGAAGAGUUUGGAGCUUGAAAAUGCUCUACUAAAGGCUGAAAAAGAGGUUUUAAAACAUCAGAAGGGUCUUGCAGAUUCUCAAGUUUUUCAGUUGCGAAAUUUUACCUCUGACGAGGACAUUACCUUUUACACCGGCUUUCCUAACUUACCUACAUUUAAUGCUGUAUAUGAAGUUUUAAACACUGGAACGAAAGGGGAGAACAUUAGGUACUCCUCAUUAAAAGGAAGAAGUGUCCAAAGUGAUUUUAUGAUGAGAAUGAAAAGGAAACUGAGGAACCAGAGGAAUGUACUAACAAAGUCAACAGUGAGCAGGAUAUUCCAGUCCUGGAUAAAUUACAUGUAUCUUAAAUUUGGUCGGGAAUCUCUAUGGGCAAAUAAGGAGGUUGUUAGAGCUACUAUGCCAGACAGCUUUAAAGACAAGUACUCUUCCACCCAUGUAAUAAUAGAUUGCACAGAGAUUAGAUGGCAGAUGCCAUCCAGCCUUCUGUUGAAUUCCAAACUGUUCAGCUUGUAUAUGGACCAUGUAACUCUGAAAGGCUUAGUUGGAAUUGCUCCCAGUGGAGCUAGAAUUUUUAUCAGUCAACUGUACAGUGGAAGUAUUUCUGAUUGCAAAAUUGUUGAGAGAAGUGGCUGUCUGAAGUUAGAGUUUGAUAAAGGUGACACUGUCAUGGCUGAUAAAGGCUUUACAAUUGAAGAUCUCCUUCCACUGGGUGUGAACCUAAACAUUCCACCUUUUCUACGGUUGUAUACCCAAAUGACAGCACAAGAUGUUAUCAAGACCCAGGAAAUUGCCUCAGUUAGAAUACAUAUCGAAUGA